AUGCAAUCCAACCGUCAACAAGGCGAUCGUCAGCAGCCAGCAUCGGGCUGGAUCAACCAACGGGGCCGACCCAGAGGCUCCAAUAUUCCCGUUCCCGCCAGACAAGCUGGUCCCCGCCGCUCGAUGGCCGCCAUGGCAUAUGACAAUGACUUUGGGAGGCUCGAAAGCCUCGGGGAAUUCGACCAAGAAAAUAUGUCCACUCCCGGAGGACCAUCUAACAGGCGACGUCCCACUACCGAGACUACGCCGCAGUAUAUACGAGAUCUGCAAAACCUCAUAGACUUCCGAAGACCUAGCGGGACUUACGAUCACACCGGCUCCGGUUGGUACAAUACCUUCGGGACUACCGUGCCGGAAGGGUCAGAUAUCCUAGAAAGUUUCGUUACUGGGCGGCCGCUUAGGGAUUAUCAGGGAAGGUUACCCCACAGGGCUUUCCCCAGUGAUAUCCUCGAUACUGAAUUCGAGAGGCCCAGCGCCAUUCCCGACCCGGACGAGAUCGCUCGGUUUGAGUCCUCUAUAUUCGACCCGAAUCGUCCACCAACCCGGGUACCUCGGUUUGACAGUGCCCCCGAAUCUAGUAUGCCAAGUACGCCGCCGGCUAUGCCUGCUGAGGAUAUAACAUACCGGCCAGAAUCCUUGUCGGCAAGACCUCCCACGCCCGACGCACCCGGUGUAUUCUAUCCGUCGGACCAUCUCAACGGACGUUGGCAUCGGCGCAAUCGGUUCAGCCAGCCCUUGCCCCCUAAUCGUCCUACUGUAUCCGACGAUAAGACCAUGCUUCCCUCGACAAGAUAUGAGCCCGCUGGCGAAGUAUUCGACCUACUAAAUAGAGCCUAUCCAUCUAAUGAAGGCCUCUCUGCCCACCCUAGAAUAUCUACCUCGUCUACCGACGAUAGUUCCGAGACCUUGCAUCCCGGACUCGGCACUCCAGUCAUGACUCCCACAUCCAGCGCGUCUGGCGUUGGUACCGACGCGAGCACCUUGCGGGCUAAUGCGGUACCCGAACAGACCGGGAAUCGAACCGCCGAGCAGAGCACAGACAACGGAAGUUCUAGUACCGCCGGCGGAAGUGGUGCGAGACUUGACAGCGGCGGCCGUCCCGCGCCUAUCCCUGUCACUAUCUCGAUAUCUAUCGAGUUUGAUGACAGCAUGUUUGAUAUCCGGGGCUACAAUGUCACUACGAAGCCGCGAAGUAAGCGGGAUUGA